UUCGAAACUAUUUUUUAUCGUGCAAACCGAUUGUAUAAACAAAUGGUUCAGCGGGUUCAGCAAAUUACUAACAUAAUUCUUCAUUAGUUUUUAGUAGGCCUAGGCCUAUCAUUUUUUUUCGUAGAUAUCGAUGGUUUACAAUAAUCGAUAAUUAAUUGUGUUUACGCCUUACAAAAUUUGGACACGUGCUAGGCGGAUUUCAUUGGAUUUUUCCACAAAAUUAAUUGAUUAUUGACAAAAGCCACUCGUCUUCGAAGGUUCUGAUUCUAACUACGGAAAAAUGACAUCUGAUUUAGGUUCACAAGAUGGUCUUUUAAAGUCCACUCGGCAUUCCACAGCACUGCUCGAUGUAGAAGGUUCGAAAGUUAAAACAAAAGAAAAUCUUGUUUUCUCUCUUCUACAAGAAAAAAAGCGUUCUAAUGGAACUUUUAAAAUCCAGCCAUCUCUGUCUUUGCAGAGGGUUAAAGAAUUUCUACCUCAAAUAAUGAAAGCAAAUGUCAAAGUUCAAGAAGAAAUUUUGAGUGAUCCGAAUAAAAAAACCAUCUAUGAUAUACAAAAUAUAGAUGGGGCGAGUGGACCAGUAAUAGAAAUGGAUGUAGCCCUCUAUGAAGACACAGACUCAGACUGUUCAGUCCCCUCAACAAAUUUAGGCACAGAAACAAAUCAUGGCCCCAUUGAUGAAAACAAUAUCAAAUUUCCAGGAUCUAGUGUUAAAUCAAAUUUAGUUGAAGUUAUAGAGAAGGAUUAUGUAGAGCAGAAAAGUGAAAUUGUUCUUGAUGUCUAACAACUGAAAAUAAAUUGUAUAAUCUUCUUCGGAAGUCCUAA